AUGAUCCGACUUACUCUACUCACUCUUCUUGUAAACCAAGUUUUAGCCUUCCCUGAAGGCAGGACUAACUUCUGUGCAGAUAAAAAGACAGGCCUAUUUUCGCAGGGAUGUUCGUCAAACGUAACCAUAUGCAAUUCGUUUGGACACGAAAUGUGGCUUUUAUGUCCGUUUGGAUUAAUCUUCGAUGGGUCCAUUGAGGAAUGCGUAGACUAUAGGCUAGCAGCAGAAUGUUCUCCGGAUGAAAAGCUUACCAAAACUGGGAUCCGAUAUCUCGCAGAUCUCCCAACGCAGUUUUGCGAAAAGGCACCGGAAGGAUUCCAUGCUUUAACGGCUUGCUCGUCGUCGGUUAUCCAGUGUUCAAGAAAUGGUCCCAGUCUCAUGGAAUGUCCUGUUGGUCUAGUCUACGAUGACUCAAAGUUCGCCUGUGUCAAGCCGUCAGAAAUGUCUUCAUGUCCACCACAAGAACCUGAUGCCCAACCAAAAGUCGAACCUCUUGAAGGUUCAGCAUCGGAGGGUGACCAGGAGUCCAAGAAUGAAUGUGGCAAUCUUCCCGAUGGAUUGUUCGAACACGCGCCUUGCUCUCCAUACUUCCUCACCUGCUCUGGUGGUGUUUCCCGUAUUAUGUCAUGUCCAGCAAAUCUAGUUUUCGAUAAGAGACUGUUGAUUUGCGAAUAUCCUGGAAAUGUUGAAGAAUGUGCCGGCGCUCCAGGUUUCAACUCUUCAGAAAUGUGCCCUGAGGAUGGUUUCUUCUCGUAUGGAAACUGCUCGGAUCUCUUCUAUGCUUGUACCAAUGGGCGUCAAAUCCCGAUGUAUUGUCCAGCUAAACUAGCAUUCGAUGAGGAAAGGCAACUGUGCGACUAUCCCCUUGCCGUGGAAGUUUGUCGAGCGAAUUCUGGUGAAGGAUCAGGAGAAACAUCCGGUGAAGUAGCAUCUGAUCAGCCCGCUGAGGAGUCGUCAGGAGAGUACUCAGGCGAGAAUGUCCAUGUGGAAGGCUCAGGAGAAGCUUCAGGCGAGUCCUCCGGCGAGAGCAUCUAUCCGGAAAACUCAGGAGAAGCUUCAGGAGAGUCCUCCGGCGAGCACUCCGGAGAACUCUCCGUUGAGGCUUCGGGAAGCGAGGAAGCCUCUGGAGGGUCCUCUGAGUUUCCGCAAAGUGACAGUGUAGGCGCAUACGGAGCUGUCGUAGAAGAGUCAUGGGACACCACGCCGGAGCCUGUCGAACCAGAGCCAGCUGAGCCUGUGACAAGCGGAGAGCCAAAGCCAACCGAAGUUGUUGCAGCUGCAGAGCCAGCUCACGAGAUGCCCAUGAAUCCAGAGCCAGUUGAGCAGAAAACAACUACUCCAGUACCAGCACAGUUGUCGACAUUCUGCGUCAACAAACCAGACGGGUUCUACGCCGUUGGUUGUUCUUCAGAAAUGAUUGCUUGUGUUGCCGGUAUGGGAACCAUAAGGCGGUGCCCCGCACAUCUAAUUUUCGACGAAGAGAAGCAGAUGUGUGAUUAUCCGGAAAGUGUGCCUUGUUCGGCUACACAGAAGGAUGACCUUGGGCGAUGUGAAGCAGAGGGAACAACUUCUCAUGGACCCUGCAAGAACACUUUCACGAAUUGUGUAGGAGGAGAAGCACACAUCCUUGCUUGCGACGAAGGUUACGUUUUCUCUGAAACACACGGAACAUGCACGGAAGCCUCAAAAGUCCCGGAAUGCGCCAUGGAAGCAAAGCACCCGUAUUGA